CGAAAGCGCCCGAAGUGACUCCGUUCUUCAAUCGACCUCGUCAUUGCUCAUCAUGAGCUCAGUGCGGGCCGUUAGGUGUUUCUGACAUCUAGAGAAGCGCAACUGACGUUGAUAGUUCAGCCUGGCGAGAUGUUGAGAUUACCGGUCGUGCGGGCCACAGGCCUGGCAAGCGGAAGGCACUGUGCUGUCAGCUUUCAUACAACAUCCAGCAAGUCACAGCAGGAACUGGUUGAGCUCUUCAUUGAUGACAAGCCUGUACAGGUACCACCGGGAACAACAGUCUUGCAGGCUGCUGCUAAAGUAGGAGUUGAAAUACCAAGAUUUUGUUAUCAUGAGCGUCUUGCUGUAGCUGGAAAUUGCAGGAUGUGUCUUGUUGAAAUAGAGAAGCAAGUCAAGCCGAUUGCUGCAUGUGCUAUGCCAGUGAUGAAAGGUUGGAGGGUAAAAACCAAUUCUGAUCUGACACGGAAGGCUCGCGAAGGUGUUAUGGAAUUUUUGUUAGUUAACCAUCCACUGGAUUGUCCAAUCUGUGAUCAGGGUGGAGAGUGCGAUUUACAAGAUCAGAGCAUGGCUUUUGGAAGCGACAGGAGUAGAUUCGUCGAUAUUAAUUUCUCCGGAAAACGAGCUGUGGAGGACAAAGAUAUGGGGCCCUUAAUCAAGACAGUUAUGACACGUUGUAUACAUUGCACAAGGUGCAUCCGUUUCGCUUCGGAAGUAGCUGGCAUUGAUGAUUUGGGGACAACGGGUCGUGGUAAUGACAUGCAGGUCGGAACAUAUGUCGAAAAGAUGUUUUUGUCAGAAUUGUCCGGCAAUAUCAUCGACCUUUGUCCUGUGGGCGCACUGACUAGUAAACCAUAUGCGUUUGUUGCUCGCCCGUGGGAGACACGUCGUACCGACAGUAUUGACGUUCAUGACGCUGUUGGCAGCAACAUAGUUAUUUCUCACAGAACCGGAGAAGUUCUAAGAGUACUACCACGAGUGAAUGAGGAGGUAAAUGAAGAGUGGCUCUCGGAUAAAGCUCGUUUUUCAUACGACGGACUCAGGAGGCAAAGACUCAUCACGCCAAUGAUGAAAGUUAAUGGCAAGUUGGAAGCUGUAGACUGGGAAGAUGCACUUAUUGCCGCUGCUAGACCUCUGACGGAUGUGCCAGCGGACAAAUGCGCUGCAAUCGUCGGGAAAUUGGCAGAUGCCGAGGCUCUUAUCGCUCUGAAAGAUUUAGUGAACAAAUUGGGCAGUGAAGGAUUAGCCACCGAGCAAUGCUUCCCGAAAGACGGCUCGGGCAUUGAUCUCAGAAGUAGCUAUCUUUUGAACAACACGAUCGCUGCGAUCGAAGACGCGGAUGUCGUAGUAUUAAUCGGUACAAAUCCAAGAUACGAAGCGCCAUUAGUAAACACGCGUCUCAGGAAGGGCUACCUACACGGCGAACAGACAGUCGCUCUUAUCGGCCCGGACGUAGACCUCACGUAUGAGCACGAGCACUUGGGAGAAUCCUUCGACGUGAUAACAAAAUUACGAAAUGGGUCACAUCCGUUCAGCGCAACUUUGAAAGAGGCUAAGAAACCACUCGUUAUCUUGGGGGCUGAUCAGCUGACUCGAAAAGACGGGGCUAAGAUACUCUACGAAACGCAGGAAUUGGCGAAGGCUUUAGGAGAUGACACAAAAGCUUCCCAGGAUUGGAAGAUCUUAAACAUACUGCAUACGAACGCUUCUCAAGUUGCCGCUUUGGAUCUCGGGUAUAGCUCGACUGUGGAAGAAAUCAAACAACAACAACCAAAAGUUCUGUUCCUUUUGGGCGCAGACGAUGCAAACAUUAAGAAGGAAGAUUUUCCGAAUACGUUUAUCAUUUAUAUUGGAAGUCACGGUGAUGCCGGAGCGGCUGUUGCAGACGUUGUCCUGGCUGGAGCAGCGUACACUGAGAAAGUUGCGAGUUAUGUCAAUACAGAAGGCCGGUCGCAACAAACAUGCGCAGCUAUUACACCACCUGGCUUGGCGCGUCCGGAUUGGAAAAUUAUUCGCGCCCUUUCUGAGAUGGCCGGUGUUACUCUACCCUACGACAAUCUAAACGACGUGAGAUCCAGACUUGAAGAAGUCGCGCCUCACUUGGUGCGAUAUGGUGAUGUCGAAUCGGCUAAUUUCUUUGCGCAAGCGUUGGAAAUAGCCAAGCAACAGUCUGGAGGAUCGUUUUUACCGGAACCUGUGGACAUCAAACACAAGACGUUGGAUCAGUUCUUCAUGACCGAUGUAGUAUCACGAGCAUCUUUAACCAUGGCAAAGUGCGUGCAAGCAGUCAUGAAACAGCGUCAAAGUGCGGUAUAAAACAUCUGAUGUUAGAUUAUUAGAUCGAUUAUUGUUGGAAAAUUCUCAUCUACUAGUUCUUUGAUAUUACUGACUAGAUAUUACGACAUCUCGCAGUCAGUGGCAAAAGAAUUACAGAAACGUUAAAAAAAUAUUAACGUGUAAUUGAUAGAACUCUAUUAAACUGUACUGAAAAUGGG